CCAAUGUCGGCACGCAGCUUCGCUUAAACUUACAUUGUUAUCCUAGUGUUCAGCACAUCGUGUCCUACGGCGAGCGACAAAACUUAUUCAACUUAUUCAGGACGUGACGUAGUUAACAUCCUGCACGGGAUUCAUUUCUGCUCCUACAAAUUCCACACCCAGACGAGCGCAGCCACCAGAACCGCCCACCCCUACAACAGCAACAACAACAAUGAGGGCAGCAAGGAGCUCCCAAACGGGCACGCAGAGCAGCCUCAUCAUGGGAAUGCGCAUGGGAUUGGGCCUCAAUAUGAGGCAGGGACACAGGUGGCUUGUAUGGCUGCUGCUGCUGCUUUUGGCCAUACCCCCGCAGAUGGUGGACGGCCGUUACCUGCCCACAAGGUCGCACGGCGACGAUUUGGACAAGUUGCGCGAACUGAUGCUGCAGAUCUUGGAGUUGAGCAAUGAGGACCCACAGCAGCAGCAGCAACAGCAGCAGCAGCAGCCCCAACAACACCCACUUUUGCGUCUGCACAAUGAGGCCAACAGCGGCAGCAGCGGCACCAACACCAACAACAAUCCACGCUCAUCCAACUCGAACUCGAACUCGAAUGCCGCCUGGCUACAAAAGCUCAGCGCCAUGGGUGCCCUGGACGAGCUGGGCGGCGAUGCGCCCCGUAUGGGACCCAACUAUGGACGCUAUUAGAGGGAAUCCAACCAGCACCUGACGACCACACGACACCAAGACGACGACACUGGAAUGGGUCUACAGGGGGGGGGCAAAUGGUUUUGUGAAUGAAACAGUUUUUGAAUGGCAUAAGAGGAGUACUUAGGGGAGCGCACACCAAACAGAGCAGUGGAUGAGGAGGAGCAAAUGGUCAAGGGAUUACAAUCCCAUGGCAACCCAAAAGGGAAUUGUGUGAAAAUCUCAGACAAAUGUAUGAAAAGGGGCAACUAAAUGGAGCACCCUUUGGCCCCACUUGCUAAUACUUUCAAGUACUUUUAAGCCCUUAUGAACCAUUUGAAUGCUGCUCAGACAUUUUCCAACCAUUUUAUGCUAGUUUGCAGCUUUUUUCAAGGACUCUUUUAGUCCCAAUCUUUGCCCAAUUUUUGACAACAACUUUGAAGGAGUGUGAAGUACCCUAAAGUGAUUCUGAUUUUACAUUAAAUUCCCAUUCGUGUGCCCCCGCUGCAGCGCAACGCCCUAAAGGUACAACCCCCAAAACGAAUCAACACUCAAAGGUUUUAAAUGCAAAAGGCAACAGCUGAUAAACACUGGUUAAUACCCAACAAACACACGGUUAAAAACAACAAAAACAAUGACAAAAAAAUAUAUAUAAAAGGACACAACUGCAGUUCCUAUGCUAGAACAAUAAUUUUAAACUUUCUGGGUAAUCCCAAGGCGACAAGAAAUGUACCUACAAUGCAGCAUGUGGCAUGUGGCAUGUACCUAUAUGUAUGUAGAACAAACCAAUCCCCUAAUCCCUACAACACAAAUAUAUACACGAGUAUUGUAUUGCCCUUUAUGGUCUAGCGUUAAGAGCGGAUUUUCAAGUUGUUUUUUUUUGCAAGCGCAGCCCCAAAAAAAACC